CCUGCAGCUUUGUUUCUCACCCCAGUCCGAGUCCAGGCAGGUCCAGACUCACAAUAGAUAACAAGCAUCACCACCUUACCAAAGGGCCUCCCGGGCCUACAUAAUGUUUCAAUAGCCCCGUAAAAACCAUCUGCUCCUACAGAUGUGACUGAUCUUAUUGAUUUACCGAUGUGAAUCUUCUUUCGUCAUUAACCGCCCUUACUUAUGUUCCAUUAAGACAUUGUACAUACAAGUCACAUUUACAAAUAACCUCUACCGUCUACCGUCUACGAUCUACGGAAAUACCUUUUCUUAUUACCGCUAAUCUGCCAACCUAUUCCUAUUAAGCUUUUUGACCCCCGGACAACUAAAGUUCCACUAGUUCCUUUAUGCUCCGCCUCUAUAUCCGCUCUCCAGCAAUAAUCAUAGUCGUAGGCGGCACAGUUAUCCGCAGCUGCAGCCUGUAGGAACUUAGAAGAGAAGGUCAAGCUUUAAGAACCCGAGCUGCCCGAGUUUAGGUAGUCAAAUGACAGAGCCCAAGAAGGAAAAUGUCUUUAUCAUUACCAUAGAGCCACUCAAACCCCCUUCUUACCCGCCGAGCCACCGCGACCUUCUCCAUGGCCAAGAAACAAUGGACCAACAUUCGCUCGGGGACACUGAGAGUUCCAAAGCAAUAAUUCCUGAGGCUCCGGACAACAAGAAGACCUCGGGUUCAAGAAUACCACGGUGGUUUCAAAUUCAAGCGACUAAGAUCCGUACAAGCCGGACUCGCCAGGCCCUCCUCGCUUUCUUUUUUGUUAUCGUUGUCGUUCUUCUCGCUGUUCUCCUAUGGUUGGACAACAGUGGACACUUGCAGGAAGCAUUCAAGAAAACAACACAAGUCCAACUAAAUCAAGGGACUUAUCUUGGCGAGGUUGUGGAGCAAAGCUCAAAACUUCCGCGCAGCAUCGAAGCGUUCCGCGGAAUACCAUAUGCGCAGUCAACAGCUGGCAACAAUCGCUUCAGACCUCCGCAACCAAUAAAUGGCACAGAAAGCCAUGUCCAACGCGCCCUCACUUUUGGUCAUGUCUGCCCCCAGGGUACAGGUGGGAAAAACCAAGGCGAGGAUUGUCUAAACCUUAAUAUUUUCAGACCUUAUUUUAGCAAUGACCCGGCGACCGCUGAAGCCGAGAUGGCAAAGCUUGGGGUUAAUAGCACGAAGUUACCGGUAGUGAUAUAUGUUCAUGGCGGUGGAUUUAAUUCUGGAAGUGGCCAGGAGAGGAACAUGAUGACAUUUGCAUCAUGGUCUGAGACCCCUCUUAUUGGCAUAAGCUUCAACUACCGGGUUGGAGCCUUGGGCUUCCUGCCGAGCGGAGUAACCGCCAAGGAAGGUCUGCUAAAUAUUGGGUUGAAGGACCAGCAGGCACUUUUUAAAUGGGUGCAAGACAACAUAGCUAACGUUGGCGGUGACCCGAAAAAUGUUACAAUAAUGGGAUUAAGUGCUGGUGCCCACUCGAUUGGACAUCACUUAAUAUCGUACUCGUCUGCGAAUAAGCUGACAUCGGCACCUGCACCUUUUCAAAAAGCAAUCCUCGAAUCCGGUGGAUCGACUGCUCGUGCUACCUUCAACCCUACUCACCCGCUUCACGAGCAACAAUUCCAAGAAUUCUUGACAAACUGUGGAUUAGAUGGUACCCCCGACGACAAGAUCUUCGAAGAGCUCCGUGCUCUUCCCUUGGACAAAGUCGUUUCUGCAUCUCACAGCGUAUACCGGCACUGGGAUCCGAGUAUACGUUGGCCCUUCCAACCUACUAUCGAUGGUCCCGGAGGAAUAAUACCAGAUCUGCCUAUUAAGUCUUGGGAGAAGGGACAUGUGCUACGCAUCCCAAUAAUGACGGGUUACAACACAGAUGAAGGCGCUGAUUUCGUCCCAACUCACUCAAGUAACUCGUCGACGAUGCGUACACUAAUGUCUACUAUUGUUCCGUCUCUUAAUAAGACAGACCUAGGAACGCUAGACUCAUUAUAUCCUGAUCCCAGCACCACGCGCGGGGAAGCAUUGUACAUUACUAAACCACCUGCUGGCUUUGGAUCACAGUUUUGGAGGUUGGACGACGCGUACGGUCAUUACGCGUACAUCUGUCCUGUGCUGCAGACGGCACAUUUGGCCUCUACGGCGACCGAUGCCAGUCCCGUCUACGCGUAUCAUUACGCCGCUCGAUCGAACAAUCACGGCGGUGCAGACCAUGGCGACGAAGCCCCUAUCGUAGCUCACGACAUGGAUGUCGUUAGCAAGUAUCCAGGCAUCAUGACGAUGGCGGAUUCUAUGAACGGCUUCUGGACUCGGUUUGCGGUUACAGGAGACCCAAAUUCAGGACCGCAUAGGAACGAUACGGUUGGGUUCUCGUGGCCAAAGUUUAUUAGUCCGUUCGUCAACGACACCGCAACCGCUAACAACGCGGAAAACGUAGGGAAAGUGGCCCUAUUUGGCGAAGGUAACGACGAACGCAUGGGGGUCCGCGGACGGCAGAACAUGGGUAUCCCAGCACAGAUGGGUAACUUGACAGAGCGAUUACGGGAUGAGUGCCGCUUCUGGUGGGAUAAGGUGAUAUUUAGUGAAGGCUUUGGAAACGGAAGCACGGCGUUGUCGAGUAUCAGCCAGAAGACUGAGGCGGGAGCGAGGUUAUUAUAAACCUGGUCUGUAUAAAUGAAAGGGAUGGGAACGGUUAUCGAACUUAUAUAAAGUCUGGCCGGGAUACGGAGGAGUUAGGACACUUGUUAAAGUGUGUCUUGGGAACGCGCACGAGCGAUGAUACCCUGGUUUGUCUUGAGGGGGCAGUUUGACGGAUCGGUAUGACUUUGUUACGAUGCAUGAGCAACGGCGUUUGGGGACAUAGAUGUGUCUUGAUAAAAGGGAGGUGUUUGGACUGGAAGGACUUCGAAUUGAGGGUUGGUGUAUAUUUGUUAGAGUUGAUAUCUAAGUAAAUCUAUGGUAUAUAUCGAACUUAUUAUUAGUUGUACUACCUAUUCCGAGGGGAUUUCGUUAAUAAAUAUAUUGCA